CAAAUAUCAUCAUCAUCAUAAACGAUUGAUUGAAAAAUUAAUUGAUUAUCAUUUAUCCGUUUUUCUAGACGAUAGUGUUUUACUGCACUAUGAGGAGACAUGGGACUCCUGCCACGGCACAGCCGCACGGCCACAGCACGCACCACGGCCACAGCCGCCACCACGGCCACAGCCGCCACCACGGCCACAGCCGCCACCACGGCCACAGCCGCCACCACGGCCACAGCCGCCACCACGGCCACAGCCGUAG